CACUUUCUUCACCCAUGUGAACAAAGUGGAAUAAAUCGCAAGCGACACGUCACAGCUCAAUAGCAGUGGACGCGCCGCAGAGGUCGGCCCCACAACUAGACCAACAAGGAUAAACCACAUCUCACACAUUCAUCACUGGCAGUCAAGAGACUGGACAAUACGGUUAACUACCUCCGUCGUAAAAAAAAGUAUCACACACAAUACGAUUAAAAAAAAUUGACGUUUAAAAUUUUCAAAGUCGCGAAUUCCGAAAGUGUCAAAAGUUUUUGGUGGGAGUUUUUUUGUUUUAUUUAAAUACAAUUUUUACAAGAUGGUGGCUAUAACUAUACAUACUAAAAUGUAUCAGUUAGUGAUGUUAUUAAUAACCAUUCAAAGCUGUUCGGCAGUGAUCUAUUCUUUGAACGAGACGGAGUACUACAAAAUGCCUCGGCUGUACGACCUGGACGAGUACUCGGCGUGCCUCCAAGAGCCAGCCGCCGCGUACUGCGUGGCGGACUUCGAGCUGUUCACCGAAGAGGACUCCGCGCUCAUGGAUAUGAUACAACAAUAUUCAGAUCACAAAAUGAAGCAUUUCAAUCACACACAAAUCCACAGAGGAGUUUGUGUGACCAGAACAUGCGCUGACUUCAUACAAAAUCUAAAUGACACGGCGGACCCAAGUGGGGUCCUUGAAGCAUGCCUGAAUCAUACUAUAUGGAAGGACUACAGAAUCCAAGUCAGGCUGAAAGAAAUACGAUACUGCAAAAGAGCCGGCGACACGAUAGAUAUAGACACAUACGAUGUAAUUGUAGCUGUGGUGUAUGUGAUUCUGAUAUUACUUAACGUGAUCGGAAGCUGUUACGAUAUCAUGUUCUGCAAAGGCAGAGAGAAGUCAGGAAAUCCAUAUUUAUUAGCAUUUUCAAUAUCUCGCAAUUGGGACAGAAUGGUUGCCUCCCCCAAGAAAGGAUCGGAGCCCCGACUCGAAAGACUGAAACUAUUUCAUGGAAUGAGGACGAUGACCAUGUUUUGCGUAUUUUUCUCUCACACGGUGCUUAUGAUGGCGUUUUCUUACGUAAAUAAUCCGCUAUACAUUGAAAAGGCGUACGAAGACCCGAUGAAGCAGAUCCUGUUCAACGGCAGCCUGGUGACGCACACGUUCUUCGUGAUGUCCUCCUUCCUCAUGGCCUUCAACCUGCAGCUGCAUGCGGAGAAGCACCAGCUCGGCUGGCAUCACUGGCCCAAGGGCGUGCUCACCAGGUGGCUCAGACUCACCCCCACGUACGCGCUAGUCCUGGCCACGAUAUCCACGUGGAUGCGGCACCUGGGCAGCGGCCCGCUGUGGGAGCUGGUGGUGGGCAGCGAGGCCGCCGCCUGCCGCCGCUACUGGUGGGCGCACCUGCUGUACGUCAACAACUACGUGUACGACGACGCUCUGUGCGCGCCGCAGACGUGGUACCUAGCAGCAGACACGCAGUUGUUCUGCUUCGGUCUGCUCCUGUGCAUCGCGGCGCAGAGCAAACGCGCGCGCACAGCGGCGCUGACGCUAACCUUCCUCGCGUCUCUCGUCAUCACCGCGUUGCACACAUACCUGCAAGACCUGGAAGCUGUCGUCAUACAGAGCCCGGAGUAA